AUGCCCCAUACUUCUUCUCGCCGCGUUGCCAAGUCGCGCGUUGCGUCGUCUUCAACGUCUUCGCGAUACACGCACAGCACGGCGCCGUCGAGUGUCUCGAUGUCUCCCCCCAACCGCCGCUAUCAUGUCAAGGGCGACACUAACGUUGCGAUCAGACUCCGGAAGGGAAUCACUGUCAAUAACCACACCGGCGCUUUUGACGACCACGACGACGAGUUCACCGACGAGGACUCGGCUGGCAUUCAGGUAGAAUCGGUUAGCGAAGAAGAGUACACCACUGACGAAGGGUCUGAAGAGGACGACGACGAAGAAGAAGAAGAGGACGACGAGGACGACGAAGAGGAAGAGGAAGAAGACGAAGGGUCGUGGGACUACAUUGAGGACGAAAUCAACCCUUCCGACUCUGCCUCACGCCCGCGAGUUGUAAAGCAUCACUCUGCCCCGCACCCGCACCACAACGUUCCUCACCACCACGCUGUCGCGCAUCGUGCUAUUCCCCCGCCCGCUAUAGCGCCCCCACGGGGUCCGCGUUCCAAAGUCUCGCAUCACGAACGAACCUCUUCGCGCCACGCAGCACCCGUGCCCGAUCCCCCUUCCCGCCACGAGAGCCAUAGCCGCAGUCGCAGUCGAAGCAAACUGGAGCGCGUACGCAGGCCGCGACGGGCAAGGCCUCAAUCCGUCCCUCAGGAACCUCUAGACGUCGAAGAUGACGACGACUACCCUUAUCCGCCCCCUCAAAUGCGGGCGCCGGGGCCCCCGCCUGGUCAUCCCAGUGCUGGUUGGGGACAUAUACCUCAACCUGCACCAAACGGCUAUGCGCCUAGUAUGAUAUCGGACCCACGUUUCCAGUACGGCUUCCCAGGAGGCGCUCAGUCUCCUCCAGGCCAGAUGGUGCCAUUUGGCCAUGACCCCCAUGGUGCUUAUGCCCAGAACCCAUUUGCACCAAACGGUCAAAAUCCCUUCACUGGGCCCCCCUCUGCCGCAGACCCACGGGCAGGCUACUUCCCCGACUACCAGGACCCCCGGCACCAGGACCCCCACCAUCAAGACCCCCGGGAUCCCCGCCAGGGACGCAGAGGCCAUCGCAACUCAAUGCCUCCAGGACCACCUUCAGGAGAGAUGAUGCCCUUCUCACCCAUGGGCUACUACCCACCCUACGGCGCCCCUCCAGGUGCGCCAUAUGGCAUGCAGCCUCACAUGUACCCACCUUAUGGACAUCCAUCGCAUCCUUCUCCGCCACCACAACAUCCUCCCUCGAAGCGCGCAACUCCGAAACCUCGCCAUGAACACCAUCAUGAACACUACCAUGAAGAGGAGCCUCCUGCUCCUGCUGCUGCUGCUCCCCCGCCUCCGCCUCCUCCACCACCACAGACCCCUGGAGCGAUGCAAAUGCAAUUGCAGACUCUACAGCCGCAACAGAUGCAGAUGGCUAUGCCCCAAAUGGCAGUCAUGGCGCCACCUCCACCCCCGCCUCCACCACCACAGCCCGAUCCAAAGGAAGAGGGGAUGCUCUCGAAACUCGAAAAGCUCUUGAUGGGCAAAGCUGAAGAGGACGAGAAGGCUGCAGAGCAGGCCAGGAAAGACGCAGAGUUGGCCAAAUUCUCACGUCUGGAGAACUUGCUCAUCGCUCAGCAAGAAGCAAAGAUCGAAAAAGAGAGGGCCAAGAAGGAGGCUGCCGAAAAGGCCGCAAUAGAGGCUGCAGAGGCAAAGAAGAGGGGCGAUGAAGACAAGCUCGCCAAGCUUGAGCAGCUUAUUCUCGCUCAAAAAGAUGAACAACUCAAACGCGAAGCUGCCACAGAAGCAGCCCGUGCAGCAGAGAAAGCAGCAGCAGAUGCUGAGGCAGCCCGCAUUGCAGAAGAGAAGAGGGCCGCAGCCGAAAAGGCCCAAAUUAUGGUCGAGGCUGCGGAAAAGGCGCGUGAAGAGGCUGAGAAGAAGGCUGCUGCAGAAGCAGAAGAGAUCAGAAAGGCUCAUGAAAAGGCGCGUGAAGAAGCGGAGAAGAAGGCUGCGGCAGAAGCGGAAGAGCUCAAAAAGGCUCAUGAAAAGGCUCUGGCAGACGCCAAGGCUGCUGAAGAAGAAACAAAGAAGGAACACGAAAAGGCUAUGGCGGAUGCUAAGGCUGCCGCAGAAGAGUUGGAAAAAGCGAAAAAGGCUGCUGAGGAGGAGGCUGCUGCACUCAAGCCAUCUGAUGCUCCCAAAGCCCCGAUCAAGUUCAAGGACGCAGUGGGCCGCAAGUUCAGCUUCCCCUGGAACCUGUGCAAUACCUGGAAGGGGAUGGAGGAACUCAUCAAGCAAGCCUUCCUCCAUGUCGACGUCAUUGGCCCACAUGUGCAUGAAGGUCACUACGACCUCGUGGGCCCAGAUGGAGAGAUUAUCCUGCCUCAAGUUUGGGAGACCAUGAUUCAGCCUGACUGGGCCAUUACCAUGCACAUGUGGCCAAUGCCGGAGCCUCCACCACCGCCACCACCGGAGCCCAAGGAAGCGUUUCCUCCUCCACCGCCACCUCCACCAGAUGCGCAGAUGUUCAUGUCCAGCCAUCUCCCACUCAAAGUGCAAGUGCCUCCUCCUCCUGGAGCUAUGCCUCCCCCGCCCCCACCACCGCCAGGUGCCGAUGGCGCCAUGCCUCCCCCUCCACCUGCCGUCGUGGUUGUGCCCAGCGGAGGUGGCAGUUCCGGAAGCUCUUCCCGCAAGAAGACCGCCCCAUCGCCUUUCUUCCGAUGGGCUGCUGGUAGUGUUCCUGCCCGGAAGGAUACCAAGAAAAAGAAAUGA